AUGAUGGUAGUUAGUGCUUUUGUACUUGAAGUCUCAAGAAUAAUUACCAAAUUGCAAGAUAUCGUUACCUUAAAACUACACAACUUCUGUAAAUAUUCUCUUGAAAACGAAAAUCAAGUCAUUAAAGAUCUUAAACUUAUGGCUAAAAUGUAUAAGCAUUUUUGUAAUGUUACCUCCCAUAUUAAUUCGAUAUUUGGAGCGCAAUUUUUCUUGAUAUUCUCAAUAAUUUUUAUACAAUCGCUGAAGAAUAUAGAUGAAGUGCUAACGCUAGUGUAUUCGAAGGACGAUGGUUUAGUCCUCAAAAUGAAGCAGAUUUAUAUACGGGAAAUGUUACUAGGAGCUACUUUGGCAGUCAUUUCAGUCUCAAUAGCCAUCGCUGGUGAUAAAAUAGAGAAAACUGGAAUCAAGAUAACGAAGCUCUGUCAUAUUUUGGAGGUGGAUAUUAAAAAUCCAAUCAUUAGAGGUCACGUAAGAAACCUUUCUGGAUAUUUGGAGAAACUGCGACCGGCUUUGACACUUGCAGGAUUUAUUCCGAUUAACAGAAAUAUCAUUCCCCUAUUGCUGUCUAGUCUUACGUCAUAUGCUAUAAUUCUUAUCCAAUUAAAAUCCUAG